GUCUCUCAUCAUAGCGUCCUCCACAUUCCCGUAGUUUGUGUGCGUUAGGGUCAUUACCUGGUUGUAUUGGUAGCUGUUUACCGAGAGUUUUGAAAUGGCGCCGAAGGCUGAUGAGCAGAAGGCUGGCAAGAGCAAAGCCGAGAAGAAGCCGGUGGUGAAGAAGGCGGAGAAGAAGAUCAAAAGUGAUGUCAAGGGCGAUGCCAAGAGGAAGAAAUCGAAGAAGAGCAUUGAGACCUACAAGAUCUACAUCUACAAGGUUCUGAAGCAGGUGCAUCCUGAUACCGGUAUCUCCUCCAAGGCAAUGGGAAUCAUGAACUCUUUCAUCAAUGACAUCUUCGAGAAGCUUGCGCAGGAGGCUGCCCGUCUUGCGAGGUACAAUAAGAAGCCCACCAUUACAUCCCGCGAGAUUCAGACCGCAGUUCGCCUGAUCCUGCCCGGGGAGUUGGCUAAGCACGCGGUGUCGGAGGGUACCAAGGCCGUGACGAAAUUCACAAGUGCCUAGAUGCCAGACUAUUCACAUUUUACUUACAUGGUGUUAUAUUAACACCACCUCACUUCAGAAAUGGUCACUCGAACGGGUGUUCGCCACCCUUACUUGAGGAAAGUUCAGUGCCACUAUCGAAAUAAGUGCUACAUCGGUGGAGUCGUGAUUUACUCCAGGAUCGCAAGUGUGAGCGUAGUGUAAGGGUCAUACUCGCCCUACGUAUGACGAGAACGUAUGCCCACGUUUGUAUCAUUCAAACUCUGCUUGUGUAGUCUGACUGGGGUAAAACGUAUAUUCUCAUCAGUAGUAGUACUGAACGAGCUGCCCGAUUCAGAACCUAUAUGCUCAAGGAAUCACUAACGUCUGUUACACGGGAUUGUCUAAACCUGUUGAUUGGGUGUUAAACCUUAUGUUUUUCUUCCAGGACACCUGUGAUCUCAUACAAUGUGAAGGCCUGCGCCGUAAGUCUCGGUGCAUCGGAAAUAUGCUGAAAUUUCCCCGUUCGCUCUCAAGUAAACGGUAGAAUCCCUUAUAUUGAGGACAAAUAACGAAGUCAAUCCUGAAAGAAACUUAAAUCAACUGAAUAUUCAGACGGUAAUAGUUUAUGGUAGUACUGUCUGAUCAAAUUAUGACACAUAGCACAGAUGUGAGGGUUUCAUACGAAUUACACAUCCCCUCAAGCCUAGUCUGGUUGCAGCAUGCAGCCCUGCACAUGCUUUAGCUGAGGUGGAACUGACAACGGAAAUGUUACUUUUCGGAUUGUGACGGUGCCUAAUGCACUAACGGCAUGGAAGGAUCAUCAUUGUGGAUGCGGAAGGUGUUAUGUUGGUGAGUUGGAUUUAGGUGUUGAGGAAAGGAUUCACAAUCUCCCUCAGCACCUUCUCAUCAGUUUCGGCUUGUAGGCUUCUUCCAAACAUCUGCAAUUGUGUGAGUAUACUCAUUGUCGACGGCCUCCUUUCUCGCUUUUUACGCAAUGUAUGGAAUUCGUAUCGUUCUGUA